AUGUCAGAGUCCGUGUUCAUGGGUCUCUGUCGAAAACUGGGGACUUCACAACUGGUGGCCAUGAGAAGAGAGACAGAAGACAUCUACCACAAAGUAGUGUUUCCAUCAUCAGAAUACAGCGUCUUGAGUAUUUUGAGUAGUGGAAGUAUGAAAGAAGGAUUCAGACAAGAAGGAUCUGAUUUUGAUUACAUGCUUUGGUUUAAUGAAUACAAAGUGAUUUGGAAUUUACCCCAGUCUCAAAUCUACCGGAGAGAAAGUCUUAUUUUAGCCAACUGCACCAAUAGCCCACCGGGAUUUGCUUUACUUCAGCCAUUGACACCAUUUCUAGCAUAUGAAUUUAUUUCCUCUUCUUGUAUCAGAAAGAAUAGUAGACUUUACAUAUCUAGUUCUAAAUACAAGCAGAACAUGUCUUUACGUGAAAGACAAUAUAUGGGGGGUCAUUGUUUUCUGCAUGGACCCUGCACAAGUGGGAUGCACCAAGGGGAACCAUUUGAUAAUGCCCACUGUUUUUCCAGUGACUUUUGGCCUCCCGCUGCCUCUUCGUGGAUUGAUAGAUGCAACACAUGGCCUCGUCCGCAUGUUGUUCAAGAGAUAGUGAAGAAGGGAUGUCACUUAGUAGCGAUAGGACACAAACUUGGAAAACAUGAAGAUGAAGAAUGGAGAAUUUCGUUUUCUUUCGCAGAACAGAGACUUGUAUUUGAAUUCAACCAUAGUCAAUUCCUUGUUUACGGGUUGCUUAAGAUGUUAUCAAAAGAAAUUUUCCAUAAAUUGUCUGGGGAUGAAGGUAAAUUGCUGUGUUCAUACCACAUGAAGACAGCGGUCUUCUGGGUUAUUCAACAAAAUACAAUAUCUUUCUGGUGUCCGCAAAAUCUCUUGGAGUGUUUCUGGGUCUGCUUUAAACUAAUUCUUAAAUGGGUGUACGAGGGAGUAUGUCCUAACUUCUUCAUUCCAAAAAACAACAUGUUUCUCCAUAAUAUAUAUGGUGAAGCACAAAAGAAUUUAUUCAAUAAUCUAUAUGAACUACAUCAGAAGGGAAUAGCAUUUUUACUUCAUAGUCCCUCUAUCAGGUCCUACAUUACAGAUGCCCUGUAUAAUUUUAGACUUCCCAUUUGUACAGACGAGCGCAUUCUUAUCUCAGAGGUUGAGUUUGAUGUAGAACUCUUCAAUGAAAUCAAUAAAAAUUAUGGAGAGGGAAGUGAAAAACUACUAGAAGUUAUACCAUCCGUACGGACAGUGGAGCAGUUGAUAGGCUCACCCCUGACAAAUUAUCAAGUCAUCAUGUUACAGAGAGAAAUUGCUAACAAACUUCAGACAACUGCUUUUAUUUUACAUAAAAUGUACAUGAACAGUACUAUAAACAAGUUGGUUUAUGUUUCCGACAAAAUGUCCUGUUACAUGGUAAAAUUAGCAGCCAAAUUUGGAUUCAUUUCUGACACGUUGUAUAUUGCUAUGCAUUAUUACAACACAUUGCGGUACACGGAAGCUUUGUCUGUUAUAAAGAAGAUAAAGCUCAAAUUAGCACAACCAUAUAUAAUGCGUCAUAAAACAGUUUACGAAGACAUCUACACAGCAGCUGUAGGGGGAGAAGCCUGGUCUACAAAAAUGAGACAGGCUGUAGCAAUGCAAAUCAAACUUGGCAAAAAUUGUUACAUCAAUGAAUUAAUACCAGAAAUUCAGUUCAGUAAACUAAACGGCGAGCAGGUCUUAAAUGUCGGAGACCUUAUAAUGUUACAUAUGCUAGAGAUUUUGUGUUAUAUCCAUUUGGACAGAACAAGAGCACAAACAGUUCUAAAUGAUCUACAGUUUUUCGUCAACUAUAAUGAGAGAGGGGUUGCUGCAGAGAGAAUAAAAGACAUAUCAUGGCAAAUUCUGGGAAUCUGUCAACAGGCCACAGGAAACCACCGGGCUGCCCUGUUCUCAUACCAACAAUCGCUCAGACAAGAACCAUUCCAUAAAAUACAACAAGCCACACUGAUGAGAAUACAAUCUCUAUAUUCAGAUUUAUGA